AUGGACGAAACCACCCUCGAGAGCAAGGACACGGCCGUCGGGGAUGGCAAAGCGAGGCAAAGACCGGUAGCGAGAACGAUGAUGGCGGUGGAAAUGGGCGCGAGAGAAAUAAGGGUUGGGAAAGAAGAAUGGGGCUUCGACUUUUAUAGCAAGUUCGGUAUAAAAGACGGGCCUUUGUGCCUCCGUAAGCCGUCCUUAUCGAUAUUUUUCGAUAACAAAAAUGAAGGAGCAGGUCCGUGGAUCCCCUUAACCGGGUCUCGACUCUUGGCCAGAAAGAGAGAGAGAGACUCCACCAUCGCUCGAACGCGAAAUUCAGCAACUUUUCCCUUCUUUGUGUUCCAGAACGACACGAUGCAAGUGGUUUGGCAAUAUCACGUCGAGGAGCCGGUGUCCGCGGCCGGAGUUUUGCCGGAUCACGACGCCAUCCGGGGAUCGAGGCCCCUUUAUCUGGUGCAAAGGGACGCUCAACCGAGGCCAACGUCGCGCAACCAAGAGGCCGAGCCGCCGCUUCAAACGUGGGACAUAUUGAACCAGCAGGUACGCUUACCCAAGGGACAAGACACGUUGCUUUGGUGCCGCGUUCUUAGGAUGCCAAACAUUGAUCACAAACACCACGUCGUGAAGCACGAGCCGGUGAUACAACCCGGAAGUCACGAUUACCUGCAUCACAUGACUUUGUACGAGUGUCGUGGGGAUCAGGGGCAAUUGGAAUCCGCAGCGAAAACGUCAGGCAGUGUUUGCUAUCAGUCCAAUCAGCCGUCUCUUCAAUGUAAUACAAUCGCCGCUAUCUGGAGUCUGGGCUCCGAGGGGUUCAAUUACCCGGCCGAGGCCGGCUACGCGCUGGAUCCGCACACGGGGCCGCGCUACUACAUGCUGGAGACCCACUACGCGAAUCCUCAGAUGGACGCGUUCAUAAGCGACAGUUCCGGCCUGCGUUUGCAUUACACGGACAAGUUGCGCACCCACGACGCCGGCAUCCUCAGCGUCGGUAUCGACCCCAACUGGAGGCACAUCAUACCGCCAGGCCAAGCGGAGGUUGUGUCGGAAGGUCACUGCAUCUCGGACUGCACCGGGCACACGAUACCCAACAGCGGCAUCAACAUAUUCGCCGUCAUCAUGCAUACCCAUCAACUGGGGAGGAAGGUCAGAUUGCGUCAGAUAAGAUCAGGCGAGGAGCUGCCACCCAUUGCGUCCGACACCAAUUACGAUCCCAGCUAUCAGGAGUAUCGGAAGCUGCAGAAGCCCGUCAGGGUCUAUCCGGGCGAUCAUUUGGUGGCCGAAUGCACGUACUCGUCUAAAUCGAGGCAAGCAAUCACGCUCGGCGGUCUGACAACGAGGGAAGAAACUUGCCUGGUGUCCACUCUUUAUUAUCCCCGCAUCGAGCUGUCGCUCUGCUACUCUCUCCCUUCAUUACCAACGGUUCUGCAGAGUUUGGGGAUCCAAAAGCUGAUGCAGGGUUCCAGCCCGGUAAAGAUUCAAGAACCGCAAAAGUUGGCCGGCAUGACGUUGGAGGAACGUUUGCUCAGCUACGACUGGGAGAGCAGUUUUCAGAGCUUUCAGGAAGCUACUCGGGGCGGCACCUUUAAACCCCUUUGCUGGACGAACAAGGGGGAACUGGCCGGCAUGGACAGCCUGGAAGUCCAUUAUCCAAGGAUCCUGAGGCCGUACGAGGAGGUGGCCCUUCCAUGCUCGAAGAAACCUCUCAGGAACAAGUUGUCGUUAAUGCUGAGCGAGGACGAGGACAUCGGUGCACCCGUGGACCCGGACAGUGACGAGACGAACGCAGUCGAGCGUGGACAAUUGGUGCGCAGCAAAGUGUCACGAAGCAGUGACGGACCAACGGGCGGAAGUUCCUCGACCAGGUCGAUACCUACGAUCGUUACGCUCGCCACCUUGGCGAUCAUCGUCACAGCCGCGUUCAGGUGAACACUGGCUGGUCGUCUUGCGCGCCGAUCGAACGAGAACCGAUCGAUUUCGUUUAUCUAGGACGGCCGUUUUAUCUUCUUGUUGAUCAAGCUGAGGAUCGGGGAGGUGGAUUCAUAUGUAAGUACGUAUGCACCGGUGUGUACCCUCUCACGCGUCACGUGGAUUAAACAACUAUUAUCACGUGGCUCGUUUCAUCAACCAGAGAUCGUUGAAUGAGGACAAGGUAGAUGAUUUAUAUAAUAUAUAGGGUUCCUCCUCCCCCCGCCCCCUCUCCUUCCUAGAGUUUGAGUCUACGCAUUUGACGACACGGUCUGUCGUUGAACUGAUCGUGAUUUUUUUUUCUUUUUUACCUUCUUUUUGUAAAACAAUGAACACGUUCUGUGAAUAAAUAAGAAAGGAAUAAGUAAUGUACGAGAUAGCGCGGGAGAAGAGAAAUAUUUUUCGAUGUGGCCUCGAGUCGUGAUCGCGUAUAAUAAUCACGACGAAGAAGUUGAUAUAGAUGAUGAUUGCCAAAUAUAUAUUUUCCCUCGAUGAAGCUGUUUCUUCGAAGAGCUUCUAGGAUCUACGAUGUCCUCAAUCAAAGAUCGACCUCCCUUUCUCGCGAUCUCUGCUCGUGCACCGUAUUGUUACUAUGUAUAUCGCGUGCUUGCGCAGGACCAAUUCCCUCCUUUGGAUAUCUUUCGAGUUUGAAUACUCGUUAUUCUUUUUUUUACCGGAUUAUGUACUUCGAAUACCCUUCGAUUCGUUUCUUUAUUAGCUACUGAGUCUAAUCUCUCUCGCGAUUGGUAACCCGCGCACCGUGUAUAUAAUGGCAAACUGCAGAGAUAGACCCGUAGCUGGACGAAAAAGGGUAUUCGUAUCGACGGCGUACAUGAUAAAAUGAAAACUUUCAUUCGUUGGGAAACAAUGAUCGAUUCGCAAUCAGAAUUGAUUUUCCGAUUUUCGAUUCCGGUUAGUCGCGUAGCAUUUCGCUUCGUAUUUCGUUUCCAGGAUACGUGGCCGAUACGAUCAAAGAAGGUCAGUGUAGAAAUCCUGGAACGAAUUGCAUUUUCUGUCGUAACGUUAACACGGUUGACGUUUGUUCCCAGCGUCGAAACGGAUGGGCUCCUCUUUGACAAGAUCGGAUAAAGGAAACGAUGCGACGAAUCGUGAAUCAAAAUUUUACAAAGUCACUCGUAGCAUCUUCCUUUCCUUGUACUUUUCCAUAUCCUAUCUUGACUUUUGUUUGGACUUAUAACACUCGUCUCCAUAAAUCAACUUACUGGAAAGUUAUUUAAUCUUUCUCGAUUUCUCGGUUAUAAACAUUCAAAUGUUUGAUCGUUUCGUCUAUUCGAAUAGAUCUGCAAAUUCUUAACAAAUUUCAAGUAUCUUGAUAAAAUAUUAUUUGUCAAUUAUCAGAAACGUACGUAUAAUUUCUAUCCUUCUAUUGAACCAAGAAUAUGGCGCAAGUUUGCUGGUCCAUUUGUGCGAGCAAUUUUGAACUGGCGACUUCGACAAGAGCGAUAGAAAUCGGAAAUGUUCGGUACUUGAUCCCACUUUAAAGGUUAACGAUCUCCAACGAAAGAUAUCCGCGAGGAAACGAGGCUCCUGCCUGACAUUAAAAUUAUUUUCAAGCUUCUGGACUCGAAAGAAUUUAUAUUGUUGGCUGUUUAUUUAGGCCACGAACCAAGCAUGCAAUCCUAGCAAUGACAAAAUUUCUAGAGAAUAUUUCCUAGCACCAGCUUUUCUAGCUUUCUCAAAAACGAUAAAGUCACGGAGAAUUGCUUGGUUCGCGCCAGAGACUGUAUAAUUCUGUUACUAAUUAGAUUUAUACGAAUAGAUGCGUUUUUUAACGGAGAUCGUAUAAACGUUGGUCGAUUCUCGCUUAUUGGGGCUUUAAUUAUAAACAUGUAAAAUUCCAUUAUCCAUCACGUUGUCUCAGAAAUCCAUUUUGUUUUCCUAUUAUACAAAUUUCUAUAUGUAUAUUCUUCUCGAAUAUCUUUCAAAACGAUUUCAAUAUAAAAUCAUCAAAUUAUCUGGUUCUUAGUUCUCGUUUUUCGUACAAUUUCAAAACAAUUUAACUUAUCUUUCUUAUUAUUAAGAAAGAAUUAUUUAAAGAAAAAUUGUACAUUCAAAUUCUCAAAUUCAUCAACAAAAUCUUCUCGUUUUAAACAACGAGAACAACUUUCGAGACAGCUUAACGCGCAUCAUGGAAUUAUUUCCAGCCCCGUUCCGUGUCACUUGACCAACGUUUGUACCAUUUCCUUUGUAAUAUUCUGUACAGUUUCUUAAGUGUAACACUCUCGUUGCUCGGCUGGCCAAGCUCGCGCCGGCGAUUAUUUAUUUCUUAAUUUAAAAGAAAGAAAGAAAGAAAGAAAGAAAGAAAAGAAAAAAAAGAAUUGUAUAGAGAGCGAGUUUAAUUAUCGCCGUUGACACACACUACGUUCCGCUCAAGUUUCCAAAUAUAUAUAUAUAUAUACAUAUGCGUGUUUUGUAUUCAGCGCGCCGCACGUUCGCGAAGCGAAUAUACGAAGUUAAGUUUCUUGAUGCGUUUCUCAACCGCCCGCUGCGGGACACUUGUCGCUACGAAUGGCAUACACGCGGUCUCGCAUCGAUCUACGCGCGAUCGGUUUCCGUAAACGGAAGACACGUGCUUCCGUUUUUUUCUUUUCUUUUUCGCGCGAUGAUUUAAAGCGGUGCUUUGACUCGCUUCCCUGCAAGGAAGCGAUCUACGAGUUAAUCAGAAGAGUGAAACGAAAUAUUUUGCUCUUGGAAUCUUUUUAUAUAUCGAUUGAUACUCGAGAUACGACAAGAUAAUUGUUUAAUUGUUCGAUUAAAUAUAUCUUUGGUUGCGUUAAGUCGCCAGGAAAUAAAGUGUAUAUACUUCGAUUCGAAGUGUAAGGUAUAUUUGUAAUAUUUGUAAGAAAAAAAGAAAUUUACGAAAAAUUAAAACUCGAUUUUUGAGAAAAAUAAUUUCUCCAAUUACGAGGAAUCGGCAGUCGUUUUUAACGCUAUUCCUUUUCUCUCAAAGAAAAUAUCUAUCGAUCAAUCGUAUUCUCCUUUCUUUUUUUUUCUUUCUUCUUCCUUUCCCUCCGACAUUUAAAUUUACAUUUAAUCGAAUCCACGUAGAUAAGAUAGAUGGUUUAAUUUGAUCAAAUUCUCGAUCCCGGCUACACAAUGUGUACGUGUGCACCUCAUUUGACGCCAGUUCAAUUGAUUAAGCCCUCGCGAAGCACCACUUUAAUUAUCGGGGGAAAAAAAGGGGAAAGAGAGAUGAAAACGAAGGAGCGACGACGUAUGAUAUCUAUGUGGGCAAAGGAGUGGACCCGCGCCAAGAGAGUACCGUGGAUCGAUAGAAUGGCAUUGUAGUCGAGAGGCCCUUAAACGCGCCGCGCUUUUCCUGAAUUCCAUUUGCAUCGAGAAGAAUGCAGCUUUCGAAGUUUCAGUGUGUGGUCAAAAAGCACGAGGAUCGAGGAGCUUCGCGUCUCUUCCUCCCCCUUCCCGUCCCCUCCUCAGAAGAACGAGGAAAACUCGUGUUUUCACUAUUCGCGUGUGCCUGCCCCUUCCCUCUCCCCUGUUUCGUUUUUACCCUGUCUGAUCGGUCGUCGAUUAAAAUCCAAAUCAAUUCGAUACCUCGUCCUUUUACAAUUCAUGACGACCGGUUGUCGAUGAUAAACCUCUCUCUCUCUUUCUCUCUCUCUCUCUCUCUUUCUCUCCCUAGCGUAGAAAAUAAUAAUAAUAAUAAUAAAAAGAUAAAAAACCUCAUUAAGUAGUCGGACUAAUCGGUAAAAAAAAAAAAAUAAAAUAAAAUAAAAUAAGCGCGUAGCCACGUUUUACAAUUUAAUACUACGAUAAUUCGAUAAAUGUCAUAGGGGAUCUGUGUGUGUAGAGAUCGUAGGAGCAGUCGAAGCGAUAACCUUUCAACCCUUCGAGGAGAGAAACGUUAAUUUUAGGCGCCGAAGGUCCGUUCCUUUUUUUUCCUUUUUUUUUAAUCAUCGGUCGUACGAUACAUUUUCUCGGCUCCGAUACGCCGUACGAUACUGCCAAUCGUCGCUUCGCUAAUGUCAGCGUUCACAAUUUCGAAAGAAAUCGAAUGUCUCCUAUUAUGUUUCGUUUCCUAUCGUGUUUUUACUUCGUACAACAGGAACAAGAAACGCCUUGUGACAAACGUGGACCCAUCGAGUCACCAUUCAACGUUGUUAACGCGUUCAAAACGUAUGACACGCAGACCUAAUAGUACGCAGCGAGUGCAGGUGUCCGAGGAUCGUCAUUAUCGUCAUCGUCGUGGACGAAUGUUAACGAAUGUUAACGAUGCGUUAAACGACGAUUGUAAUAAUUGGAUCGAGAGAGGGAAGCAAGGUAGCGAGGAGCAAGAGUGUGUGCAGAGCGCGUGGAUGGAACGAUUUGCGAGAGGCGAGGAACCGCUAUUUCCCUUAAACCACGAGUUUCUUCGCUCGACGUGACGUACGUGACGUGACGUACGAUCGGUUGCGGGAUAAGCGAUGAUUUAUCAUCGUCGUCGAAGGAACUCGUCGUUACACGAUCGACCGUGCGAAAGGAAGAGGAAGGGUUGCUUCCGUGACUUGUUCCACGCCGCGAUUCUUCGAGACGCGAAUUGAUUUCGCGUGGCGAUCGUUCGAUUGUGUCGAAUCACCAAUCGUUUGGGAUCGGUAUAUGUUCGGGUAAUUGGAUAGCAAGAAGUUGCCGGUGAUAUGAGCAGAACAAUCAAGCAAAGUGUCGCGAAUAAAUAAUCAUUUACGCUGGGGUAAUCAUGUUAGAUAUUAUAGGGGACGAUAUUACGCAUUUAUAUUACUCCAUUGAUCUUGCAUCGUAUGUUAGCUGGCCCGACAUUCCCGGCAUCCGUCGAGCUUUCGAGUGCAGCAAGAUUCGAGAAGAUUUUGAGAAGGAAGGAUCGGAAAUUUUCCUUUAAUCGUAACCUUUAUUCCUAAAUAAAUGACAAUUCUAUGUAAUACGAAAGAACAUAGGAGUCGAAUCGACGUGCAGUACCUGAAUGGAGUAUGCGUGGAAGAGGAGAGGGAGGAGGAAUUUAUUAAAUCCGAUGAGAAUCCAUUUAUCGAUCUCUCGUCGAUUCGUAAUUGUCGUGGAGCGUGUCUCUGUACGAGAGUAUUUUUCGCGUUCAUUAGAGAGACGGUGUGUAAAAAGGAAGGAAUCGACGAUGGGGAUCGAGGAUGGGCCAGAGAGCUUUAUACAAUCGGAAACUCGGCGGGGCCAGGGAGUCGGGAAAUGUAUGUACUGUAUGUAGAAAAAGAUUAGCGAGCAUCGAGCAACGAUGUCGGUGGCCCAUUAGCAGGACAAGUGGUGGGGCAUGGUGAUCGUGCGCGAUAGGCGAGUGGAAAUGAAAAAAAGAAGGAAAAAGAAGAAAUAAUAUGGAAUCGAGCGAAUAGCGUAUGCGUGUACAUAGGUAACCCUGUAUAUAGUUUUUAGAUUUAAAUUAUACGUCCCGGACUCUUCAUAGGCACCUACACACACGUACACACACACACACUCGAAUUCAGAUAGCUAGCUAAAUAGUGUCUUGUAUCUUUAUAAUUUACAUGUAACACGUUGAACCUGUAUAUUCUCUCUGAGGUGCGUGGGCGCGUGCCUUUCGUGUAUCGGCACGCGCCCGCGCCACCCCGCGCAUGGAUCGUAACGCGUUUACCUGGGGCGUUCCCUGUCCUUCCAUACCGCUCUUAGAUUUAUACCUAAUUUACACUGGAUAUUAACGUCUAAACGCUACACUAUCAUCUACACUGUAACAAAUUGUAUUAUAUUUUAUAUAUAUAAAUAUGUAAAUGUUUUUCUAAAAAAAAAAAAGAGCCCGUAUUCUUCA